ACAACCCGGCAGCUCUAUCACUAUCGUAUCUGUUGUUUGUAAACAAUUGUUCCCCACAGUAGAAGAUGAAGCAGCUCGUGUGCAGUGUUUUACUAUUCGCCUCCAGUGCCCUCGUGGCACAUGGCUACCCGACCGAUCUCGGAGCGCAUGGUGGUAGUGGAAGUGUCAGUGGUAGUUCCGCCGGUAGUUCUUCACAGGCGGGCAGCUUCGGAGCGGGCUUUCCCACUUUGCCAGGGUUCCCUGGUUUCGGUGCUGUUCCAUUUUCCUCACCAUUGCUAGCGAGUCCGGCACAGGGAGUGGCCGGAUGGAGUCCGGAGUCUCAUUCCGGAGGGCUAGUAGGAGGCUUCCCUUUUCCCCAAAUCGGCAGCAGCUCCUCUAGCUCUGCAUCCUCCAGCUCGUUCUCGUCUUCCCACGGUGGCAAGAUGACCGGCUCGCAGUCGCAUUCGUCCAGCCAGACCGUUGCACAUGGCGGUGCGUCCAGUUCCGGAAGCAGUGCUGGCUCACAAUCGAUCGCCCACGAUCAUCACGGCGGUGGCAGUGUUAGCGGAAGCUCGGCCGGAUCACAGUCGUCUUCGCAGAAUCUCCACGGACACCAUGGUGGUGCGGUCGGAUCGUCUUCCGGGGCGCAGGCACACUCCGUUGGACAGGAACAGCAUGGACAUCAUGGACACGGCGCUGCCGUCGGUAGUUCGGCCGGUGCCCAAUCACAGUCGACCUCCGCCGACCACGGUCAUCAUGGCGCUGGAGUAUCGGGCAGCUCGUCCGGCGCACAAUCGCAGUCCGUCCAGCAGGCGCACGGCCACCAGGCGUCGGGAAGCUCGGCUGGUGCGCAAUCACACUCCGUCAACGAGGCUCACGGUCACGGACAUGGACACGCACCGGUGAGCUCUGGAAGCAACGCCGGGGCACAGUCUCAGUCUCAGUCUGCCCAUGCACCAGCACACCACGGUCAUGAGGGAACGGGUGGACAACAUCAGCAGUUCCACCACCGACAGUCCCAGGAUGGCGAAGGAUUUGGCGUGCGGCUGAGCACGGAUGAAUCGAAGGAUGGAACCGUGAAAAAGACCGCCAGUGAAGCCUGGGUUUGGAAGGACUAAGUUUAGCAACGCGUAGUAUUAGUGACGUUUAAAUAAGAGUUUUAAACCUAAAAUAAAUUGAAAACAAAAUUGU